AUGUCGAUUCAUAUCUAUCUUAAUCUGUUCAUAUCUCUCUAUUUAUCUAUCUAUCUAUCUAUCUAUCUAUCUAUCUAUCUAUCUAUGUUGAUUCAUAUCUAUCUUAAUCUGUUCAUAUCUAUCUAUCUAUCUAUCUAUCUAUCUAUGUUGAUUCAUAUCUAUCUUAAUCUGUUCAUAUCUAUCUAUCUAUCUAUCUAUCUAUCUAUCUAUCUAUGGUCCAACUGGCAGAAGAGGGACCCUAAAUUCGGUUUCCAAGCGUUUUCCAUCGUCGUUGAUCGUCGUGGGGGAUAUUUUCUUUACUCAUAUGAGUCUAUCUAUCUAUCUAUCUAUCUAUCUAUCUAUCUAAAUAACUUGAAAAAAUUUAAUGCUAGAUUAAUUCAAAUUUGCCAAAUUAUCUAUCUAUCUAUCUAUCUAUCUAUCUAUCUAUCUAUCUAUCUAUCUAUUCAUGUCUUUCUUUCUUUCUUUCUUUCUUUCUUUCUUUCUCAGUCUGUUCAUGUCGUUCUUUCUUUCUUUCUUUCUUUUUUUCUUUCUAUUAAGAAAUUUAACAUUUCGGUAGAUUUUCAUCUUUACUCACAAUUUGAAUUUCCUUUGCUUUCACCAUUGAGCUGUAAGAAUUUCCAUUCAUUUCCGUUUCCCUUUUACUUUCUUUCAUUUUCAUUGCUUUUAUUUACUUAUUUAAUUUUCUUUCUUUCUAUUCCUUUUAUUCGUCAUCUCUCUUUGUUUGUUUUUUUUUCUUUUUACUCCUAUACCCCUUCACUCUAUAUAUCUUUCUUUCUUUCUUUCUUUUUUCUUUCUUUCUUUCUUUCUUUCUUUCUUUCUUUCUUUCUUUCUUUCUUCUUCUAUUGCUUUCUUUAUUUCUUUCUUUCUUUCUACUUCUAUUUCUUUCUUUCUUUAUUUCUUUAUUUCUUUCUUUCUUUCUUUCUUUCUUUCUUUCUUUCUUUCUUUCUACUUCUAUUUCUUUCUUUCUUUCUUUCUUUCUUUCUUUCUUUCUUUCUUUCUUUCUUUCUUUCUUUCUUUCAUUUUCUAUUUGUUUAA